GGGGGUGCUGCGGGGGGCAGCCGGGUGCGGUGGUGCUGGGAGGGUGUUGCACGGGGCGAAUGUGUCGGUGUCGGUGCCGGUGCCGGUCCCGGUCCCGGUGUCGGUGUCGGUGUCGGUGCCGGUCCCGGUGCCGGUCCCGGUGUCGCUGCGUCUGGCACUUGCUUGUGCUUCGCAUCCCGUCCCAACACCGGCCGUGGUCGUCGGGAGCGGGAGGCACUGGGAACACUGGGACGGGGGCACUGGGGACACUGGGAUGGGAGGAUCGGGGACGGGCACGCGAGAAAAGGGUGUGGGGACAGGGACACUGGGAGCACUGGCAGGAUGCACCGGUGGCACUGGUAAGGGGCACUGGUGGCACUGGGAAGAGGGGGAAGAGGACUGGGGCCCUGUCCCCGUGCUUGAAGCUGCACGGAGGGGACGCCACCACUGUCCCCAGUGUCCCCAUGGUGCUGCACACGCGCCCCCCCCCACGGCCCUGCCUCAGUUUCCCCAGUAGGGAUUAACCCCUUGCAGCCCAGAGGGGUCCGGGCUCAGUGGCCGCCCCCCGUCUCCUUCGGGUGCCUGGGAGGAUGCUCGGGGUGCUGCUGGCCUUCGUCCUCGUCGUGGUCCCCGGGGCCCCCAGGGGAGUGGCGCAGUCCUUCCCGCGGGACCUGGUGCCGCGCAGCACCGUGGGGCUGGCAGCCACCGCCACCUACCCCCGCUUCGGGGGUCUCCGGGGGGACAACGUCACCGCCCAGCUCGGCCUCGACUUCCAGCGCAUGCUGCGCCUCAACAGCACCCUCUUCGUCGCCGCACGGGACCACAUCUACGCCUUCGACCUGGGGCAGGACAAGCGGGUGCUGUACCCUGAGCGGCAGCAUCUCACCUGGGAGACGCGGGACAGGGAGAGCUGCGCCAUGCGGGGCAAGCUGCAGGACGGGUGCCACAACUACAUCCGCGUGCUGGUCCCGCGCGAUGCCCGCACCCUCUUCGCCUGCGGGACCAACGCCUUCAACCCCGUCUGCCGCAGCUACGAGGCGCGCAGCCUGCUGCAGGAGGGCGAGGAGCUGAGCGGCCAGGCCCGGUGCCCCUUCGACGCCCGGCAGAGCAACGUCGCCCUCUUUGCUGAUGGCAGCCUCUACUCGGCCACCGUGGCUGACUUCCAGGCGAGCGACGCGGUCAUCUACCGGAGCCUGGGCACCCGCAGCCCCCCGCUGCGCACCCUCAAGUACAGCUCCCGCUGGCUGCAGGAGCCCCACUUCGUCCAGGCGCUGCCCUACGGCCCCUACAUCUACUUCUUCUUCCGGGAGAUCGCGGUGGAGCUCGGCGCGCUGGGCAAGGUGGCGGUGGCGCGGGUGGCCCGGGUGUGCCGCAACGACCGCGGGGGCUCCCCGCGGGUGCUCGAGCGCCGCUGGACGUCCUUCCUGAAGGCACGGCUGCAGUGCGCCGUCCCCGGGGACGCCGUCUUCUACUUCGACGUCCUGGAGGCCGUGACGCUGCCCCACGCCCUGCACGGGCGCCCUGCUGUCCUAGCCCUCUUCGGCACCCAGCCCAACAGCAUCCCUGGCUCGGCCGUCUGCGCCUUCUACCUGGCGGAUGUGGAGCGGGCGUUCGAGGGACACUUCGCUGAGCCCCGAGGUGCUGGGGGUGCCUGGCCCCCCGUGCCCGAGGAGCGGGUGCCACGGCCCAGGCCUGGCUGCUGUGCCGGGAUGGGCUCAGCCACUGCCAUCGUCACCUCCGGGGACUUCCCCGAUGAGACGCUGGCCUUCGCCAAGGAGCACCCGCUGCUGCACGGCGCCGUGGCCCCCGCCGGCGGGCGGCCCCUCUUCACCCGCACCGGCACCAGGCUGACCCAGCUGGCGGUGGAUGUGGGCGCGGGGCCACGGGGGAACCACACCGUGCUCUUCCUGGGUGCCGAGGACGGGCGGGUGCUGAAGGUCCUGGCAGCCACGCGUAGUCCCGGGGACAUCCAGAACUCUGGGGACCCCGCAGCGCCUGGUGACACCGGGGAGCCCGGUGCAGAGGUGCUGCUGUUGGAGGAGAUCAGCCUCUACGAGCCCAGGUGGUGCCGGGGGCCACGUGGUGCCAGCCGGGUGCUGGGGCUGGAGCUGCACACGCCAGGCCAGGAGCUGUUCGUCGCCUUCGCCGGCUGCCUCGUGCGCCUGCCCCUGAGCCGCUGCGCCCGGCAUGGGGCCUGCCGCCGGAGCUGCCUGGCUGCCCGGGACCCCUACUGCGUCUGGCUGCCCCCUGGGGGCUGCGUCCCCUUCUCCGAGGACCUCCCGGCUGGCUUUGAGCAGGACAUCGAGGGAUCCACCGGGCUCACAGGGACCUGCCACGAUGCAUCAGCUACAGGGGACAGUGACGGGGACAGGGACUUGGCCCACGGGGUGCGCCAGGCGGUGCCGGGGGCUGUGGCGGCGGUGCCGGUGCCGGUGCUGGUGGGCUGCGUGCUGGGAGCCUUCGUGCUGGGCGCCCUGGCUGCAGGGCUGCUGGCGGCCUUCACCCGCCGCCCUGCAGCACCCAAGGGUGCCCCGGCGCCCCCCGCCGCCCCGUGCCCCCCGCCCCAGCCGCCUGCCCCCCGCCUCUACCCACCGCUGCCGCCCCACGGAGGGGACCGUGACUGGGACCUCCCCGAGCUGCCCACUCCUGAGGCCACCCCGGAGCCCCCCGCCAGGACACCCCGGGAGCGGGCAGCAGAGCCCCGACGCGGCCUCGGCACCCCAGGGUGCCCAGAGCCCCCCGGGCCGGGACCCCCGCCCAAGGCCUCCCUGGAGGAACGGCUGCAGAGGCUGCAGGGGCCAGGGGGGGCGGGAUGGCCGCUGUCCCCUGGCCCCACAGCCACCGGCUCCUUUGCCAACCGGGUGCAGCCCGGCGUCCCACUGCCCAGCGUCCCCCUGCCCCCCCGGGACGGGGCACCCCGGCGCCUCGACGUGCCCCCUGACAGCCCCCCCCCGCCCCGCCGGCCCCUAGCACAGAGGCACUCAUUGGCAGGGGUGGCGGGCACGGCAGCGAGGCCGCCUGGCAUGGCCCGGGGCCUGGCCCGCAUGCACUCGCUGGGGGCCCCGGGGGGGCCACCCUGGGGUCCCCGUCCCGUCCCCCUCCAGCGCUCCCUCUCCAUGAAGCCCCCCGUGCUGCCCAAGCCCCUGCUGGUGCCCUGCGGCCCCUGGGCAGCCCUGAGCCCCUGCCUCAGGGACACGGCAGCCACAGCACCCUGGGGGGCUCCGUCCGAUGCCUCCCCCCCUCGAGCCAUCAUCUUCCUGCACUGGUGACCGGGUCCAUGCUCCCCCCCCACUUUGUCCCAAGGGAUGAGGGACCCUGUCCCCAAGGUGCCCCCCCCGCCCUGCUGGGAUGCCAAGGAUCACCAUGUCCUCGAGCUGUCCCCACCUCCCUCCCCUGGGUGAUGGGGACCCUCCACGUCCUCAAGCCCCCCUGGGGGCCAGGUGUCCUCACGCCCCCAGCUGCCCCCAUCUCCCACCCCCCCCCAGCUGCUCCCUGUGCCAGCCCCAGUGACCCCACGCUCCUGAGCCACCCCCCUUCAGUCCCAGCUGAGGAGGGGGCCCCAUGCUCCCCACCCCCCGGCAUCCCCAGGGUGUCUUUGUGUUUUUGUGUCCCCGUUUCUAAUUUAUUCACUGCUCUGGGGGCCACAUGAGCCGCCACUGGCCAUGGGCCCCUGGGGACAAGGCUGGACGGGGACAGGGCGGCUCUGCCCCAGAGCUGUUUGUCCUACUGUGUAGGACCAAGGCUCGUUCACGGCAAUUAAACACUUGGUGUCCCCA